GCGAAAGGGCGAUCCACCUUGACCAUUAGCCGUAAGGUUGGACUUCGAUGUUAGCUGGUCGGUCUCACUCGAUUAGGUCCCCAAUCAUUUUAUACAGACAGUCUACUAUGGUGGUCUACAAAUGGAUAGGCGUUCUCAGGAAUACAACUUAUUAAUAUCACUAAAAAUCGUAAAGAAUCAACAGAAAGUCAUUAACUUUUAUUGUCAUUGUUGUGUUGGGAACGGUCAAAAUAUUUAGUCAGUAGAUUAUUAUUGCUGAAAUUCAACCUUCACUUGUGGCGGCUUUUCAGAGCUACUAAGAAGGCCUUUCCGUCUUGCGAUGUUGCUCGUGCUUUGGUUGGUUGUAUUUGUCAUUGAAACACCAUAUGGUGCGUCCUCAAUAGAACAGUACUUGCAAUUCAUCCCUGUUAGUGGAGUUAGACAUGACAUCUUUUUCUAUGAACAUCCUGGUCUGCGAAAUCCCAUUGAAAUAGAUGCCACUAUUAAACAGCAAGUUCGCAUCAGGAUUGUAGAACAUCUGAACGAGCUUCCUGUGUUAAGAAUUCAUUGUGUUGUUGCUCCCCUCGAUUCGACUCAUGAACUCGUCUCUGCUUACUUAUGUCGCAGGAAGUCUACGCACGAUUCGGAUGAAUGCAUUGAUCCUAAAACAAGAAAUGUUAUUUUCGGUCGGGUUGAGUUUAGCGCUAAUGGCAAUAGAUCUUCAGGCUACACGUUUUCUUCUAGGCUACCUGUGAAAGAUGAACUACUUGACGGCUUUUACUUCUGCAAGUAUCAUAACCGGAAUGGAGAGCUAAUUUCAAAUUUCAUUGAAAUACAGGAUGCGUAUUACUAUCACAAACGUAUGGUUAGACGACCUGUAAAGCAAACUGAAUAUUUACCUCCUUUAUCUAUCAAUGAUCUUCCCUUGAGUCUGGAAUGCGGACAAACUCAAGUAUCUGAAGAGUUGCCAAGUUGGGCUGAUGCAGCGUUCCCCAGUCCGUUUAUGUGGUCAUUUUGUGAUGUAGACAGCCCUGAUGGUAUACAGUCUGCUGGGUGUAUGCGUAGAGUUCGUCAAACAUCUACUCAUGUUACAAAUUAUUUUGAAAGUUAUGUCUCUCCGAACGGUACUUUGGUGUUAUACAAGCGCACAACGUCAGCAUGGAAAGAUAUGGGUUUGGUGUGCUGGAGCCACUUGGACUCCUCAGCUGUUUAUUCUACCUAUUUUGGUGGUUCAAGUGAGCGGCCUAAGUUGUUGACUUAUGACUCCAAUAUACCAUUCGUUGGUAGUGGAAUUACUGUAUUAUCACCCCUCACACAAAAGAUUACUGUUCGAAUUGGGCCACGAACUGGUCUCAAGUUAGUCACUAAGUAUCGAUCUACUCCAGAGUACACGACUGUUAAAUGGACCAAAGACGGUAGAAGAAUUCCACCUGAUUUUCCAGGACACAGUGAUUAUCUCUUGAAGUUUCCUGAUCUCAUUCGCCGAGAGCACUCUGGCACUUACAAUUUACUUGUGGAAAAUGGGAAUGAUCAAGUUAAUUUUCAGUUCAUAGUGAGUGUAGUCGGUCCACCUGAAGUGAUACGUGCUCCUCCACCUUUACUUUUAGUGAUGGAGGGAGAAAAUGUUACAUUUAGCUGUCAGUUGGAUUCGUUUAUAACGGAGUCUUUAGAAAUCAAUGGCCUACCUUACCAACCGAAUCCUACCAAUUUUCGUACUGAACUAAGAGAUCAAUAUCCGUACUUAAAAGAUGCUUUAAUACAACCAUUGCAAAAAAAUGGUCAUAUUUUAACGUAUUCAGCCUAUAAUUUGCUGUUUACACCUGGUAGUAAAGUUGGACCGACUCAUACUGUCAGCUUGGUUGGGAAAAAUGAAUAUGGCUUGGCUCGAGUAUCCACUCUUGUCAGAGUACUACCCCGAAUAAACAUCUUGAAGGCUCCAAAAGAUUACUCAUGUACUACCGAUUGCUUAAACACUAUUUCACAUGCAUUCGAUUGCGUUAUCGAUACGGAUCCUUAUCAGUCUACUUACUUUGUACAAACAUGGGAAUUAAAUGGCAUUCCUGUGUCGAAAAUGACAAAAGAUUAUCAACAGUCAAAAUUUAUUAAAACAGAAGGCACAAAGUUGAUAAUCACACCCGUUGAUGAUCCGUCCUUAACUGUAUUGUUCCGAAAAGUGAAUGUGACGUGCCGUUGGCGUAUCUUUUAUCCGCAUGUGACUUCUCGUAUUGCAGAUCUGGAUACAAGACUUUUGGAACCGAAUAUGAAGGUGUAUGAUUCUCAUGAGGAUGCAAAAAUCCGUCCACUUAUGACAGCAGCGUUGGAUCUACAAGUGGAUCAUGACCCAACUCCGGCAUCAGCUAACAUAUCUUGGAUAACAGCUGUGAUUAUCGGUAUACUUGUUAUAAUUGCGAUCGGAGUUCUAACUGCUUGUUUGGUCAUGAGAUUCCGUGGAGAAACUUAUAUGCUGGAUCGUGAAGAACGUGCUCUUGGAAAUGAUCCAGAAAAAGAACUACGAGAAAAAGAAGCAUUUCAAACCUAUGAGAGAGCAGAAGAACCGCCACUUCGAGGCAGUCGUUGUUCAUUAAAUGAUGACAGUGCUGAAAUUGGCAGUGAUGGAGAUGGUGAACUAGACGAUUAUAAUCUUGAUCCUGGUAAAUUCAAUGAAGAAGGCUCUUUCAUUGGGGAAUAUGCAACAGAGAGACACAAGGGCCCAUCAAAUCGUUUACCAACUCUUGAUCGAAACUACAAUCCAACAGUUUAAAUAAAGUAACACAAUUCUUGCCAAUUUUCCCGUCCCAUUUUUAUUUGUUAAGUUGAUUUUUACCGGAUCAAAUUGGGGAAAUCAAUUCUUGAAAUUAACCAAGUGGUAAACAAGCAGAUUAUUUCUUAACUUUUUCUCUCGCCUGCGAAUCACAAUAUUCAAUUCAUUCCUCAUUCCCUUUAAAAUUCACAAUUUAAGAGAUCUAUCUCAUUGGAUUAACUUAGUUUGUUUCAUUAUGUGUACUUACUCUUUUUUAUUGUUUAAUGUUUCCCAUCUAGUUUGAAAACGGAGAACGUUCUUUAAUCUUACAUUUUCUUUUUACAAAAAAUAAUUCCCUUUUGUUUACUUUCUCCUUCUUCGUUACUCCUGCUGAAUCUCAUUGUCAUCUCCUUUUUUUGGACCUGCUUUCUUUUAUCGCAUAUUUUGUUUUUUUUAAAAAGAUUAAAAAGAGCAAAAGCUUACAUCAUCAGUAUAUUCCAAAAUAACGCAUCAGCUAGUCCUAGGAUUCUUUCGUUUUCUUGUUAAAAAAACAUAUGCAUUAUUCUUACUAAUUUACACAGCUGCUGUUUUAUGAUAAACACAACGAAAAAGGACAAUUUGUAUUUUUUGUUUUGUUUUUUUUCCUCCUCAAUUAUACCUAUAUCAUUUGACUGCUGUUAAAAAUGCUUUUAUUUAAAUGAUUUUUCUAUUCUGCAGGACUUAUUAUUCAUAUUAAUCAUUGUAAUGUUCAAUUAUUGCAUUAACUAUUCAUGCCUAUAUGUGUACUGUUUUUAUAAUUGUUUGUCAGUAUUAGUUGUAUUUAAUCGUUUGUCUUUAUUAUUACUUAUCAACUGUAUCUCGACUUUUGUGCAUUACUGUAUUGUAUUAGAUGGAUGCUUCUUUUCUAUAUAUACGUUAUUUGGUUUAAAAAGUGUUUUAAUAUUGACCAUUUGUUGUGUCAGUCUACAUUUUUUUCAUUGUCAUUAUUUAACCAUCAUAUAUAUAUAUAUAUAUAAUCUGACAUCUGUUCGAUCUCAUAUGUUAUGUACAUACACGUUUUGUGUAUGUGCACAUACCAACACUGAUGUAUGCUAUAGUGAUUGUUGUUUUAUACAUUACUACUACGACUUUUACAUGGACUAUUAAGUUUAAUACGAAAAAUUACUUAUAUAUAUCACCUUAGUUCACUUAACAAAUUUCGCUUUUUUUUCAACCAAAAUACAAACUUUUGUUUAUUUUUUACAUCCAUUUGUUUUUUCCGUUUUUAUGCAAAUUGUUAAAUACUGUCUUUUAACUUUUUGUUGUUAUUUUGUUCUUUAAAGAUUAAAUGAUUAUUAAUGCUUUUUUUUGUAUACUAUUGAUGUAUGCUUUUUCAAUAGUUUCUGUAUAACCUAUGUCUAAAUAAGAAAUAUAUAUUUAUAGUUACAA